AUGUCCUACAACUACCAGAUCGCCAAGGACGCCAUCUCCCAGCCCGAGAAGGACCGCGCCUUCUGCAUCUUUCUAAACACGACCAACGGCGUGACGAACUGGGAGAAGGCCACCACGGACUUCAAGUCUGCCUCGGUGGACAGCAUGAAGGUCUCGUGGCGCAAUACGCUCAAGAAGAUUGAGAAGGCCGGUGGAAAGCUCGACGGCGGCGACACCUCCACCACUCCCGCCACCCCGAAGUCCUCCGCGAAGAAGCGCAAGGUGAAGGAGGAGGACUCUGCCAACGACGGCGAGGACGUCGCUCCAACUACGCCAGCCCCAAAGAAGCAGGGCCGCGGAAAGAAGGCUGCCGCUUCCACCAUCGAGAAGAGCGACGAUGGCGAGUACGUCGAGGCCGGAGUGCCAAAGACGCCGGCCCCGAAGAAGCGUACCGCGCGCAAGACGGUCAUCAAGGCGGAGAACAUGGACGACGUCGAGGGCGCUGACGACGAGUAA